CGCCGCCCGCCCGCUCCGGGAAGCCAAUGGGAGCGGGGGAUGUUAGCGGUCGGGGUGGGGCCGCGUUGCUACAGCAGCGGCAGCCGGAGCCGGAACGCGCCAUGGAGGAGCUGGAAGAAAAUGAUAUACUGCCAGCUGGAGAUCUAUUACCAUGCAAGAUUUGUGGAAGGACAUUCUUUCCAGCAGCACUGAAAAAGCAUACACCCAUUUGCCAAAAAAACGCUACUAAGAAAAGGAAGACAUUUGAUUCCAGCAGACAGAGAGCAGAAGGAACUGAUAUUUCCACAGUAAAACCUCUAAAGCCACGGCCAGAACCUCCCAAAAAACAGUCCAACUGGAGACGAAAACAUGAGGAGUUUAUAGCAACUAUACGAGCAGCCAAAGGACUAGAUCAAACUCUCAAAGAGGGUGGAAAACUUCCUCCCCCUCCUCCACCUUCAUAUGAUCCAGAUUACAUUCAAUGCCCAUAUUGCCAGAGAAGAUUUAAUGAAAAUGCAGCUGACAGGCACAUCAAUUUCUGCAAGGAACAGGCAGCACGUAUUAGUAAUAAAGGAAAAUUGGCUGCUGAUGCAAAAGUGAAGCUGCCUGCUCGAACACAGUACAAGCCUGCUACAGUUAAAAAGGCACCUUCUGCAGGAUCAACACCAUCCUCAUCACGCUUACCACAGCCAAGUAAUGUUAGCAAAACUGUUGUAGGUACACCUACAAGUAAAGUGUUAUAUACAGGUGGGCCUUCUGGAAGCAAAAUUCAGACCUUAUCUCCAGCUCAUAAAAAUUCAUUGAGCAUGACAAGCCCACAAGCAAGUAAGACGGACAAGUUAGGCCCACCACUGCGAACUGGAAGAGAUGUGCAAAGGUUGUAUGACAGUGAUACAAAAGCAGACAGUACCGUCAAAAGACCAAAUGAGUUGUUGCCCAUUAACAAACCCACUGUGAAAACUCGAAUAUCAACCCCUCCAAGUAUGGCAAAAAAUGCGGGCACAGGUGCUCUAGCAAACAAAAGGAAAGUCUAUAAUUCAGAAAGUUACUCAAGCAGGUCUGAUGGUAAAAUUGGGUAUGAUAGUGGAGACUACUCAUCCUCAGUCAAUGGAGGAAGUACAAAAAGCAGCAAUGAAAAUUCACCUGUACAGUUAUCAAAAUUUUGCCAUGAAUGUGGAACCAGGUACCCUGUGGAAUGGGCAAAGUUCUGCUGUGAAUGUGGAAUUCGAAGAAUGGUUGUGUGAAUGCAUUCAUAAAGGCAAACAAAAACAAAACAAAAAGAAAAAAAGAAAGAAACCCAAAGCUUCAGUUGCAUAUUUCAGCAUGGAAUGCUGGAGCACUCCUUCCUGUUAGAUUUCAUGCUGCAAACAUCCUGAAAUACCAUGUUGUAGUAAUUUACUGAGUGCAAUCCUUUUGGUUACAUAGUUAUUUAUAUAUAAAUAUAUAUACUGUAUAUAAAAAUAACAGGUACCUAAAACUGUGCCAUUUCAGGAGACUCUAAUCUCUGUUGGAAAGUAUUUUAAACUAAGUAGUGAUGUGUUUGGCAACUUUUAGCAAAUAGAAAUGGAUCUUUUUGUAGAACCCUAGUAUGUAAAAUAUUCUAGUUAUGAAACAUUUGGGCUAAAAAAUGCUUCUGAGGAGAAUCAGAUAUACUUAUGGGACACUAACUAAGAAAUUGUCUUUUAAGGAAGUAUGAAAACUGCAUGAGCAGCUCCUAUAACUUUCUAAUUAAAAUACUAAAAGAUUGUUUUUGGUUAAGGAGAUUAAACCAUACUAUUCUAAUGAGCUUCCAUGGUUAUUUUCUGGCACUGCUUCUAAAAAAUUUGCUAAAGCAAAUGGACUGAAGUGCUGUGUGAAAGUAGUGUUUACCUAUGUAAAGAAUAAUAGGAAUUGAAUAAGAACUAAUGAAGGUUAUUACAUAUUUACAGUCAGCAGUAUGGGACCAGGCGUUUUUUUUUUUUAAAGCUACUCUUUUCAUAAUGACAUGCUUUCCUUUCCACAACUGUCCACAUGCAUCUUAUCCAACAGCUCCCAUCUCUCCUUCCAGAGAUGUCUGCAAGUUCCUGCUCCCUUCACUUCCCUCCUCUUUCUCCAGAAGGAAAGACAAAAUAAUUUACUCCAAAAUUAAAAAAAAAAGUUUCUUGGAUAUGUAUUAAGAUUUUCCAGUAGAUGGCUUUAAUGGAUUAUUAUCAUAGAUGAUGAAAAUAUAAUUUGUACAUCCAUUUUUUAAACAGUCCUUAUAAUGUAUCUAACAUGAUAGAGGUCCAUAUAGUUAUAUGAAACUGGUACUGUACGUUUUGAUAGAAGUCAUCACUUCCUUUAUUCUUAUCCAUGUGCAAAGCUACAGCCAUAUGUUUUAUGGAGCAAUUAUGCUUCAUGGGAUAGUAUGAAUUUUUAAUUAUUAUGUCUGCAAUUUCUGCGUUCUCUUGGGCUGUGUAUUG